UGUGAGCACGGAUCCGAACCGCGUGCGUGAAGCCGCCGCUGAGUGUGCCAGAUGUAUCCAGCCCCAGGGCGCGGGGUGGUUUGGCUGACACCAGCGGCUGCGCGCAGCCGGCUGCCUCGCGGGGCUCUCCCUGCACGAAACCCGCUGCCUCGCCUGGGUAGGGUGUCUGGAGGAGAGCACAGUGCUCUGUGUCAAGAGCACUUGUUUUGAAAAGCUCUUGAGCUUGCAUUAAAGCAGAAGGUCUGGGGAAACUUAUCCGGCCUUUCAGUCAGCAGGACACCGGCUUUUUGGGGAUGUUGUUUUGGCUGUAAGUGCUGUUCUUGCUGUAGGGAGGCUGUAGUGUUUGGGUGUUGGGUUUUUUUGGGGGCUUUUUAGCAGCGGGGGGAAAAAAGCAAGUCUGGGCUUGGCAAAUCAGAAGCAGAACUAAUUAUGCACGUGUGUUUCAUUAUGCCCCAGGGUUGGCUUAUUUCUAGUCCAAAGAGUCCACCUAGCCUCCUUCACCUGGGAGGCCACAUACACAUAGUGCACGUUAACCCAUUAAAAGUGAACCUUAAAGGUGACACCAUGAAGUACUUCUAGAGGGCUAACUAAUGUUACGCUGCCGGCCACCCGGUCAUCUGUUGGAAGUGGGUCACUGAAGCUAAACAAAUUCACGCUGAGGACCUGACCCACAUGUAGAUUUCAAACCAAGUGAGCAAGCUGUGAGGGUGCUAUUUUUGCAUUUACUUUGAAUUCGAAACGAUGACACAGUCUCAGUUCUUAGUCAGCCAGACUUCUAGUAGCAGUGGAUUUUUCUUAAAGGACUUGGGAGAGUGACUCAAGGUUGAAAACUGGGACAAACAGUUGUUUUUUUUUCUUGUUUUGUCAAACGGCAUCUGCAGCCUUAAGCAAAUUAUCUAUUUAUUUGUUGUUUUUAAAGCUAGCCUGGAAAUGAAAGACAGCUGCUUGCUUCUGUUUUCCUGUUUGGAUUUGUUUUCCAACCUAGGCCCAUGAGAUUGGCAAAACUUCGGUUUGGACCCAAGAGAGCUCGCAGUUCGGGAGGAGUGGCUGCUGGUGGGAGCGAGUCUCCUUGGUCCCAUCGCAGCUGAAGCCCUGAAGGCCCUUAGUGGGAGCUGGACGCGAAGGAGGAAGGAUGGUAAAGGCAGCGUCUUCCCAGGAUCCAUGGGCUCUUUGAGAGAUGAUCAGAGGGAGGCCAGAUGAUCUGCACAACACGCACGCCACUGUUUCUCGUCCGCAAAGGCAGCAUCGGAGCGUUCUCCCCAGCCCCGCACCUCCCGGCUUGCCCGAUCGCUUCCGGAUGUUUCGCAGCUGCGAGUGGGAGGUCCUGGAGCGGUCCCUCAACAUCCUCCAGGCCAGCGACUUCUACUGGGGCCCCCUGUCCGUGGGGGAGGCCCACGCCAAGCUCCAGCGGGAGCCCGUCGGCACCUACUUGGUGCGGGACAGCUCGCAGGGCAACUGCUUGUUCAGCUUGAGCGUGCGGAUGCCCACGGGGCCCGUCAGCCUCCGCAUCUCUUUCCAGGAGGGCUAUUUCCGCCUGAAGAACUGGUUUUCGGACUGCGUGGUCCGGCUGCUGGAGCUGGUGGUGGCGGGGACCCGCAACAACCCCUUGCACUUUGAUGAGAUGGGGGGAACCCCCCUGGUCUUCUCCGAGCCCUUGUGCCGGAGCCGCCGAGCGGUGCCCACGCUUCGAGAACUGUGCCGUCGGCAUCUGCCUGCUGCCAGUGGUGCUGCUGCCGCAGGGGACACCGCAGGGACGUGCCCGCAGGAGGUGGCGGCGUCACCCCCGGGCAGGAGGCGGGGGUCAGAGCAAAGUGUUGUCCCCAGCCCCUCCGCAGCCGGGGCUGGGAGAUGAUGGCGGGCAUGUGGGAGGCGAAGGGACGCGCCUGCCGCCUGGCCGUGCCGUCGGGGCCGAGGUAGCUGCUCGGAGAGGCAGGGGAGGACAGGUGCCCCAACCCACCGGCAGCGAGAGCUGUGUCCUUGGAGGUGCACAGCACGUGUGGCCUUCCCUGCAGAGGCUGGGGUAAAGCCAGAUCAGGAGAGCAGCGGUUUCCACCUGCGGGUCCUGCUCUUUGCUCCAGUUGUGCCUUAUAAGCUUGAGAGCGGGGCGAGCUGCCUGUCCCCCCAGGUCAGCCCCGCUGCCCCAAAGUGCCUGAGCUAGUCUGUGCUAUGCAUGUGCCCUCAUGAAGCGAUAUGGCUGGGACCAGGCCCACAGCGCUGCAGCCUGGGCACUGGUAGGCACGGCCACCGUGCGGACCGGAGAGCCACGCAGGUGGGAGCGCGCCCUGCUCCUCGCUGCACAAACAGACGUCAACACUUGCACUCGGGGAAGACUGCUGCAGCUAUUUACAGUACGUGCAGCUUCACUGCCUUUUGCCUUGCUUUAUUCGAACAGGUUUUUGGGAGUGCAGAUGGGUUUAUACUACGGGCAUUGCAUUCCAGCAGAGGCAGUCCCGGUCCAGAGAGCCUGGUCUGCGCUGCGAGGGUGUGAACAGAUAAUCCUGUGCCCUUCCUUACGCUCAUCUGAUAGUAUGCUGCUGCCAUCUAUGGACUGUAAAAAGAUGUUUUGGUUUUGUCUCAAAAAAAAGGCGAAGAAUUUUUUAUACGACUUUUAAAUGUUAAUAAACAUGUUUUUAUACUUCUUUUUAAAAGCUAAUGAAUACAUUACAGUAUUUUCAUUCCCUUGCAGCAUUGGAAACAUGGUUAGUUUAGUGCAGAGAUAUAUGGUAAUCAAACUGAAACUGAACAAGUGAAUUUCUUACAAAGACCAAAAGCAGUACAGACAUGAAGGGUCUUAGAUGGGAACAAUAAACAUAGUUCACCUUACAGUGCAAUAAAUAAAGAUUUUUAUAAACAUAAGACACUUCCUAAAUAGAUAGAGGUAAGACUUUCAGAAGUAUUUUUAGUAUUUAAAAAUCGUACUGAGUGUUUGAAAGAAGCACAGCAGUGAUGAACUGUAACUGGUGAGGGUGACUACAACUGAGAGGGAUAGAGAAGUUU